AUUUGAAAACCAAGUAGACAGACCACUAAUUAUUUUUUGUUUUAUUUAAUCCUUUUCUUGAAACUCUUUUGUGAAUCUUGUCCUUCACUUGUACGGUUAAGAUCUGGGCAUGUCUGACUAAACCAAGAUUCUGCUAAUAAUAUUAUCCAUUAACUUUUAUUUCAAAGGGCUUCCUUCCUCUUUGUUAUAUGUUAAUAAUUGAUUAUUCUUGUAGUUAUGGGACAAGCUUUGGGUUGUAUUCAAGUGGAUCAAUCCACAGUUGCUAUAAAGGAAAAUUUUGGCAAGUAUAAUGAUGUUCUUGGUCCUGGUUGCCACUUUAUGCCUUGGUGUUUUGGAAGCCAAUUAGCUGGUUAUCUUUCUCUCAGAGUGCAGCAACUUGACAUUCUAUGUGAAUCCAAGACUAAGGAUAAUGUUUUUGUGACUCUGGUUGCUUCAAUCCAGUAUAGAGCAUUGGCAGAUAAGGCAGCAGAUGCCUUCUAUAAACUAAGCAACACAAAGGAGCAGAUUCAAGCAUAUGUCUUUGAUGUUAUUAGGGCAACUGUGCCAACAUUGGAACUGGAUAAAAUUUUUGAACAGAAAACUGAAAUAGCAAAAACAGUGGGGAAGCAACUCACCAAGGCAAUGUCUCUGUAUGGAUAUGAGAUAGUACAGACUCUUAUUGUAGAUAUUGAACCAGAUGAUCAAGUGAAAAGUUCAAUGAAUGAGAUUAAUGCAGCUUCAAGAAUGAGAGAAGCUGCAUAUGAGAAAGCAGAAGGAGAGAAGAUUCUGCAGAUAAAGCAAGCAGAGGGGGAAGCAGAAUCAACUUAUUUAGCGGGGCUAGGAAUUGCUCGUCAACGACAAGCCAUUGUAGAAGGGCUUGAAGCAAGUGUGAUUGGCUUCUCUACGAGUGUUCCAGGGGCAUCAACCAGGGAUGUCAUGGACAUGAUUUUGAUCACCCAAUACUUUGAUACAAUGAAGGAGAUAGGUGCCUCCUCUAAUUCAUCUGCUGUUUUCAUUCCUCAUGAGCCAGAGGAUGAGGCUUUUGAGCAGAGGUAAAGACAGUUUGCUUCAAGGGAAUACAUCCAGGAUAUGAUUGCUGACAUGAUGGUUCCCUUUGUACAUAUAAACUUGGAAGAUCAGAAGGUAUCUAACUGCCUUGAAAUUUCUGUAAGGAAGACAGAAUUGCUGUUGAAGAGAGGAUGGUUUCCAAAUCACCCUGUCCAUGUAUUGUCAGCUCUGGCUACACAUCGCAGGCUAGUUAUAGAGCUAACUGUGUGCAUUCAAUCUUAUCUAGAACCACAUCGCAGGCUAGUUAUUCAAACACUUGUAUCAUUUGUUAUCUUACUAUAGUAAUUUCAAGGAGGGUGAGGAUAGACACACUGAGAAGGAUAUGGGGUUUAUGUGAAAAGAAUAUGGAGUUCUUAUGUUUCUUGCACAGGCAAUGGCUAAAUAUAUGCACUGCAUUGUAUUGUAUGGUUUUGAUAUUCAAUGAGCUUUUUUAUGCAA